AUGCUGCAAGACGACGCGCGCCGCUGGCUGGCCUCGCCGCUGGUCGCGCUCCAUCUCUGCGCCUCCGUCGAGCACGCCGGCGCUAGCAUCCUCCAGAUGAUGAGCGCGUACGUCGUCUACUCGUGGCUAGCUGCCGCCGACCGCAACGACCCGACAAGCUUUGCAGCGCUGCCCGUCGUCGGCAAGGGCGCGCUCUUGGCCUGCAUCGGCCACGUUGCUGCAUUCGCCUCGAUGCCGGUCUUCAUCGCGUUGUAUCGGUCGUUCAAGUGGCAGACAAUGGCGUACAUUGGGCUCAGCGUCGGCCUCACGGCCCUCGCGCUCGCGUGGAUGCUCAUGAGCAUCACCAACGUGCUCUCGGUCAUGUUCGUCCUCCGCGCACUCGGCGCCGGCGUGAGCGGCGUCCUUGUCUCGAGCGUAUCGGCCGCGCAAGAGUACCACGGUAGCGUCGACGUGCAGUCGCUUCUCCGCCCGCACUUUGGUCGUGUCAUGAGUGCACUCUUCAUCGGGCUCUGCGCCGUCGUCGACGUGGCGCAGGACCACGCGACGAUCCACAUCUCGUUCAUGUCGCUCAUGGCGCUCUUCUGCGUGCUCGUCGUCUUCCUCCUCCGCUUCUUUGUCCGCGCCCAGCGCAAGGCGCUCAAGGACGAAGAGAAAAACAACCUCCUCGUCGACGACGUCGAGCUACCAGUGACGCCGCCUCCGACAGUGCUCGGAGCGCCGCGCCCGCACUUUAACGACAUUCGCCGGCUCUGCCCACACCAUCUCUACGGCGCGACGGCAUCGGGGCACCCGAUCUGGAUCGUACAAGCCGGGCUCCUCGACGUCCACGCGCUGCAGCAAGCGGGCUUUACCUCGUACUGCCUCAAGGAUCACUUUGCGUACAUGCUAUCGUACCUCAAAACCACGCAUCCGCCAGCGUCAACGCUCGUCGUUGUGUUGGACCUCGACGGGCUCAAGCUCAUCGAGACGCAAGGCUGGACCAUCGACUGGGCCUGCACGAUCGUGGCCCACCUCCAGCGCUGCGCCAAGGACGAGACGCUCCACAAGCUCUAUGUGGUGAACGUCCCGUUUUGGUUUUCAUGGGUCUGGAAGACAAUCCGGUCGCACAUUGCCGACGCGACGCUGUCGAAAAUCACGUUUCUGAAAGCCAAGCCCGGCUUCCGCAAGGUGACGCUCGAGCCGCUGCACCACACGGUCGGCCGCCUCUCGCUGCUCCCAACGAUGUACGGCGGCGAGAACCCAAUCGCGCUCAGCGAGACGGACGACGAGUUUGCGCUCGAUGCACACAUCACAUCUCUCAACGCGACGCUGGACGAGUCACGCGAGCUCAUCUACAGCGAUGGCAGCGACGACGAAGACGCCUUUUCGACUACGCCGGUCCUCCGCGUCUUCGUGGCGCCGCCGCCCGACCGCCUCUUCGUACCGCUGCGGACGAGCACGAACCGGCCGCUCCUGGCGAUGCUUGGCGCCUACACGGUGCACAUGACUCUCCUCGUGGCGUUUGAUGCGCUGUAUCCGAUGUGGGCGCUGCAGCACGCAUCCGCGUCAUCGCCCUUGACACGUCUCGGUCUCGCAGCACUUGCCACGGGCGUCGCCUCGGGCGUGCACCUCGUCCUGCGGCAUGUGCCACUCCCGCCGAUCGAUCGGCUCUUUGCCCUCCAAGUGGCGGUGUUUGCGAUCUUCCCGCUGCUGCUCGUCCUCGACUCGAACGUGCUCUCGUGGCCGAUCGUCGUCGGCUUGCUCUUGGCCAAGGCGGUCGUCUCGGACGCCACGACGCGGUUUCUCUGGUGUCGCGUGUGCCAAGCCGCGAGCCCCGACCACAACUCGGAGAGCAGUGAAGACAGCGUGAUUAUCCACAAGGUCCUCGAGCGCACGCUCGUGUGGCUCUGGCUCGUCGCCAACGCCUGUGGCAAUCUCUUGCCGCCGAUUCUCGUGUCGGUCUUGCAGCACCUCUGGAUGGGCCACGUUCGACUCGCGCUCGCGGCCACGUACUGGGUCGCGGCCGCACUGGUGGGCGUUCUGCGUGUGCAUUCCUCUAAAUUAUUGCGUGGCCUCUUCGUGCUUGGCGUCCAAGGCAUGCAGCGCGAGGAACUAGGCGAAGAGCAGAACCCCAACCUGCAGCUCCAGCAGCUCCAGAUGCAGCAGCAGCAGCUUCAGCAGCAGCAGAUGCAGCUCCACGCGUUCUGGCAGUCGCAGAUCCACGAGAUCUCGCAGAUCGACCCGGAGGUCCAGGACUUCAAGACGCACCAGUUGCCGCUGGCGCGCAUCAAGAAGAUCAUGAAGUCGGAUGAAGACGUCCGCAUGAUCAGCGCCGAGGCGCCCGUGCUCUUUGCCAAGGCCUGCGAGAUGUUCAUCUUGGAGCUGAGCCUGCGGGCAUGGAUCCACACGGAAGAGAACAAGCGCCGGACGCUGCAGCGCAACGACAUUGCCAUGGCCAUCACCAAGACGGACACGUUUGACUUUCUCAUCGACAUUGUGCCCCGCGAGGACAUCAAGCUCCCGGGCAAGAAGGAAGGGGCGAUGGACCCGCAAAUGGUGUACCAGCAGCAGCUGCAGCAGCAGCAAGCCGCGAUGCUCCACCAGUUUAUGCAGUCGCAGGCUGGCGGCAACCCGGCCAUGUGGCCGCCGCAGCAGCUUCAGAUGAUGCAACACUACCAGCAGCAGCUCCAGGGCAUGCAGCCCGCGACGGCCGACGGUACCGCAGCGCAGCAAGCGUCGUCGACGCAGCAGGCACAGGCCAACCAAGCUGCGCGCAACGGCGUCGACGUCUAA